GCGCCCACUACCGUUGACAACACACCUCCACCCCCCUCAACACUCUCCUCCACAGCACCAGAAACGUCACGCCCAUCAGGACAAGUGAUUGUUGUGGGUGUAGUGUAUUGUUGCAAAUGUUGUGUAGGAAGGAUCAACAGUUACGCUUACAACCUAACCUUCCUAACGGUGAACGGUCGCCAUCUCCCACUCCAUCUGGCUUGCGAAGUGGCAAACAUUCACGACUGGGAAAAUGUGCAGAAAUCAGCGUUCUUGAAAAAGGACUCAUCCUUUCCUCUCUGUACUCUAACGCCUGAGGACAAUGUCAACACAGAGUAUACAGAAGACAGUAUGUGAACCAGUGAGAGACAAGAGUGUUGAGGAGGAGGAGGAUGAACAGGGGAAGAAGGAAGAAGACGAUAAUAUAGAGGGAAGUGGAGGAGAGGCAGAGACAAGAUCUCUCAAGACAGUUACCCUCGUCGCAACGGGUCGCAGCCACCACCACGGAGGGCUGACCAGGAGAGGUCCGCCCCCCGCCAACGGUGUGUUUCCCGCCAAGGUGAUCGUCACGGCCGGCGCCAAGACUGGGCACCUCCUGGAUGACACCCGCGCCCUUGACCGCAACCUGCCGCCUCCACGACUGACGGAGGGGCUGCUCCCGGACCAGUCCAAAUACCGCAAGAAUUACCCUGGCGCCCGCCUGCGUGUGGGCGCUCCCCGGCCCUCACACCUCUCACACACGCAUGGGUCAGGUGUUGCCCCCAUCAGGAGGGUAGAGCCACACUCCAUCAACUUCGGGGCCUCUAGCCUCUCCAUGGGCGCCUAUCACCACCCCAGAGAACCUGUCAUAUACUACAGCGCCGCUCACCCGGUACCUCUUGGCGGCUCCCCGCUAGUGCCUCCACCACACCAAAACACACACCAGCCACGCCCACAAAGACCUCACCCACGUCCGCAGGAACGUCCACAAUCUCCUGUGGAGAAGCAGCCACAGAAGCCUCAGUUCCGGCCGUCCAAGUUGCUGCCGUCCACCUCCAGAUACACCACCGCUGCCACCCUCGCACUGCUCCCUCCACCAUCCACCCUGCCUCCAACAAGUAGCGUGGUGAGGCCAGCCGGCCCUGAUGUGGUAGGAGCAGCCUCGCCAAGGAAGCCCCAGCAACCUGCACCCCGUCAACCCUCUGACCCAACACCUUCCCGCAGAGGCCUGGUGGACGACGCCCCUAGCCCGGCACACACAGGUGACUCCUCCACCGCCUCCCUCACGCCACUGGGCACCAUCACUAAAUCGGGUGUAAGACCGAAGAUCAGCCACCGUGCUGGGGCUGCAGGUGCUGGUCACGAAGCCAGCCCAGGACAACGGGGCCCUCAAGCCACCAACGUUCCCAGCAGACACCCAGUUACUGGGUACACAAGACCAGACAACAGCCCUUAUAACUUUGUGGCUGGCGAUGUGUACGCUCCGCCUCCCAUCCUCCAGAGAACUAAACCCAGAAACACGCAAAAGCCUAUUGCCAGGGGAACUACAAGACGGGUUGUGGAUCAGGCUCUGCCCGUCGGACCUUUCCAGGACACCCACUCCACCUUCGUCCCCAAGUACAUCAAGGAAAGUGUCGCCGAGAUGGAGUUCGAGCCGAAGACAGUGACCGCGCCCCAGCUGCCCGUGUACCACAACCCCAACUGGUUCCUGAUGCCCGUGCAGGGAUGGUUCGUGCUCUCCAUCAUCCUGGCGGCACUCCUCAUCGUCCUGGUCGUCGUCUGCGCCAUCCUCUACAGCAGCCUCAAGAAGCAGAGGAAGAAGAUGAAGAAGCUUCUGUCUACGGGACUGGUGCUGUCAGGGUGUGUGGACCCUGUGAAUCAUGAGGUGUGCCACUGUCGGGCCCUGGCACCUCUGGUUCGCUCUCACACGCUCCUCUCAGAGGCCUCUGCCGUCUCCGGAAUCUCUGGCAGGUCCCUCCGCCAACCCUCUAGGCAUCAGGGCGCUGUUAAUUAUAACAAUGCAACACAGCCAAGGAGGUUGGGGUUCCUGUCGCUACCCACACCAGCCCUGCAAGACGCCGAGAAGGACAACAGCCAGGACUCUAUUAUCACAACAAAUACCCAACUUGAAAUUGAGGAUGCGCCGCCCCCUUUGGCGCCGAAGCAGACCUCUCUCACGGGGACCAGUAGCGGGGAAGGAGGUGCCGGGCGGGAGGGCAGACUCGGUCAUCCUGAGAGCAGAUCCGGCAGAGAAAGCAGACUGGGAGGCCAUGAGGCAAGGCGCACAGCUUACGAUGGCAGAUAUGGCAACGCCAGUCGAUGUGGAGGUGAAGACAGCUUCGGGGAGAUGAGUGGCAGGCAUCACCAACGACCUGUUGGAUCUCAUAACCCCGACGUCCAGUUGACUACCAUUUAUCCUCCACCGACCCGGUUCGAUCUGUAGCAUGAGGCUAGCUACGUCUAGCCUUGUGGAGGAUACGGAGUAUAGACCCAUCGCCAUCCUUCCUUUUGUCAUAAUUCUAUUUAUAAACACGGAAGGGAAGUAUAUACAUGUUCAAAAUACAUUAUAGUAUUUACAUACACUACGUUUAAUCUUCAUGGGACACACCGUAUUUAAGAAUCAGAAAAAAUACGUCACAAUAUUGUGUAACAUCAUAUAAUGGGCAUUAGCAACUCAUGACAAUACAAAUAUCUAUAUAAAUCUACUAAAAUAUCGUUUUGAUUUAUAAAUAUCUCCAAAAUGUCUCAGGAAUACCCCUUCAAGUGUCCACUACCAGGAAGAUCACAGUUCACUCCACAAGAUGACUACGUAGCCUCAAGCUUUGUAGAUUAGUAAAUAUUUUCUGUUCGGAAAAACAUUUCUUGCCCUUAUUUCUAUAGAGCUUGCAAACACGUCGGGUUUUCUUCCUGUUGGGAAGUGUUGUACAUGCUGCUAUGGCGGUGUGUCCAUUCACAGGAUGAGUAGCGCUGCCCAAUAAACUCACCCCUCGGGGCAAAAUUUAAAUUUUUUAAAUUUUAUAUGCACCUCCUGUCUGAAUAAGUUGCAGAAUCCAGACAACUUCUUCAAAACGUCAGAUGUAUCACAAACAAGAAGCAUAUCGGUUUUAAGUCUAGCAAGCCAUAAUGCAGGACAAAACAGGAGAAACAUUUUCACUCUUAGGGUAAUAAACCCAUGGAGCCGCCUACCCGUCAUAGCCGUACAUGCCAAGACAUUAAUUCAGUUUAAAAAUCAGCUGGAAAAAAAUCCUCAGGAAUAUUGUGUAUAACACUAUUUACAUUCUGCUAUUCAAUAAUGGAUUAAAGAAACGAUAAUUUUGCUAAAGAUUAACGAUUAAGUUUCAGUUGAGACAGACUCGUUUAACUAGAGCGUGGCUCACUUACAAGGUAGUGUAAGGAUUAUUCCACGUAUAAACAAACAUCAGCUAACAAAGUGAUUAGGUAUUUAGCGAAUGUUGAACACUGUAUUCAGUGAUCACAGUAUCUGUUUUACAUAUAUAGUGAGUAAACGUGGAAUUAAAAGUAAUCUAAUUUUAAUAUGAACUGUAGUAGAGUGGACUGCGUUCUAGACUCACAAUCGAGGAUCCCGAGAGGGGGUUGAAGUACUUGCACACAUUUCCUUUCACCUGAUUCACCUGGUCACUUAGUAAAUAGGUACCUGAGUUAUCCUACAGUUACAGCCC